GAAGGAACCCUCCACUGCCCUGUACAGACCUUCCUUCUUACACUAACUGGUCCUCAGCGAGAAGAAGGAGGCGUGCUGUCGUUCUGUCCUUGCUUACUUUUUUUGUUUCCUAUUUCAACCUAUCCCUCUUCACACCUCUUCCUCCUCUUCCUUCUUUGCUCUCGCCCGGCCGACCCCUCCUCGUCCUGCUUUAUUUCCUUUGCCUAACAACCAACAUUCCUCGCAUCAGCAGCUACUACUUCCACAGCCAGAACCAUGGGCCAGAACCAAAGCAUAGAGGAGCCCUACCAUAGGCGGCACUACAAUGAGACCCACCCGCAGAUCAAGCGACAAAACUCUCUCUCCAUGUCCACUCCAAACCUCCUCCUCCAUCGUGACCAUAACCUCUCGCGCGGCAACACCUUUGCCAACAGCUCCAGGCUCUCCCUUCCCCGCCGGAUGUCUCUUACCCUCGGCUCGAGUGCUACAAUAGGUGGCGGCACAAACACCGGAGCUGUGGGUACUGGGAACCCAGCGCCGGUAUUACGGCUUUUGCCGAUCCAAAACGAACAUGUCUACUACGACGAAAGUGAUGAUUCGGGGGAGGAAGAUAUCCAUGGCGAAGAUAGUUAUCCUCCCAGCAAUCCUCAUCAUAAAGAACAACGUCGCCAUAUCACCGCGUCGCCCUCGUUCUUGGACGGUACCCUCCAUGUGAACUCACGACUAAACCGGUCUGACUCCUAUGAACAUCAUCCUCGAGACCGAGCGGAUUUCCAGAGGUCAAAGGACGAGGAGCAAGAGGACCUCUCCUAUCUCUCUCCACAGUCAGCUUCACACGGCCUCGAUCAGGACCGUCAACAAGGACUCGACCACGUCGGAGAUAACGUAAAGCGAUACCAGCUCUAUGAUCGGCCCGUCCCAGCAAAACUCCUUACCAAGGUCGACGAAUCCGAAAUCCAGGAUAUUACUGUUUCUCUCAGACCCCUGUUUUUGGAUGCCAUUCACGAGGUGGACGAAGAUCUGUUGGGUCACUCUAGGGGACCAAGCCAGGUCGCACAGGCCGAUCGUGAUACCUCGCGACUCGGACCACAUGUGAUACAACCAGUUCAGGAACGUAACGCGAGCUCUGCAGGUCAAAGGAACAAUGCAGAUAAUGAUACCCAGCCCUCGGUCGAAGACCUCUACGGUGAGGUGAAGACAGUUCUCGACCGGCGCAUCCAAGAAGCAGUGCAGCAGGUGGAGCUGCAACUUUCUGACCGUGUACAGCGAUUGGAGGAGCAAACGGGAUCCCUCUCAAUGAUGCAUCCGGACCCGGAACAGGAUCUGGACUCGCUGGAGACUUUGUCAUACCAUUCACGCGGCUCUGCAGCCCUAAGGAAGGAUAUGCUCUCCAAUGCCUCACAGAUCGUCGAGGAACUGGACGACCGUGUCAACCAGAUGGAGUACAUGGUCUCCUACAAGCUGGAUGAUAUCGAAUCCAAGGUUCAAGAACUGCACGAAGGACAGAACAACAUGGCCCAGACAAUAAGCGAGGUUGAAAUCCAGCAGGGCAGUGAGCAACAAUUGUCAGGAGACACGAUGAACGAACUUCAGCGGUAUCGACCCCCUAUGGGCAACGACGACAGCGAUCUUGAGGAUAUGGAUGACCGCAGAAACGCGACCGCACUUGUGGACAAGGCAACUGUCAUGGAAUUGCGUCAGGAACUUCAGGCCUUCGGUAUGCGUUACCACGAACUCAACGAUGGGCUUCUCACGGAUUUGAUGACCCAAAUGAAGGAAGCAAAGCUGAUGCUGUUCGAGACCGUGGACGAGGUUGACCAGCGUCUCGGAAGAAGAGUCGACCGGAUCGAGGCUGAGAUGCACGCGAAACUGUUGAGCGAUAUCGAGAACAGGAUCCAGGAGCGUGUCCGUGCCAUGGAACAGACUUCUGUUCGUCUUGAGCGGUGCUUCGAUAAGAUGGAAGGUCGUCUCGGAGCCUUGGAGACCGUCCUUGCCUCGAAGCGCUCACAUCCGGAAAACACGCAUCGAAUGCUGGAGCAAAAGGCUGCAUCAGAACCGCAACUGCAGCAGCUGCAGCAGCCGGCUUUAUCGAAUCGUAAUGAGUCCCCAGAGAGUCCGGUGCCGGACAGGGUAGAGAAAGCGACACCGCCACUCACAGCCACCAAAGCCAUCUUUAGGAGCAACCGCAGUACCUCAUCCUUACCUGCCGCGUCCGACAGCUCUGUUUCCUCAACCUAUCGCAACAAUACGGUACGUCCAGCAAGGAUCCAGACCUCUGCUUCCAUGAACUUUUACGGCACACCUCCACCACGGCCUGGCCCCCACUCUGCAGGCCCUAUGCCUACAGCCUCAAGGACAGAACAGCUAGCCUCGCAAGAUUCCUUGAGAACAUCAUCUGUUCCCGGAACCGGAACCGGUGAUCGCACACUAACCUCCCAUAGCUCAUUCCCGACAUCCGUCGGUUUGAUCGGACCCAGAUCUGCAGGACAUGUCUCGACUAGCACAAGAACAUCACCCACCAAGGGCAUUCGACGACCAUCCUCGUACAAGGAGUUGUUGCACUUUUGGAAGGCAGGCGGAAGCUCGCCAGAUCUGCUCAAGCAUGCCGAGUCCAAGGAUUGAUUCCCCCCUCCGCCCUUCCUUUUUGUAGAAUACCCCUCCAUCCAUACACAGUUCUAUACAAACAUAUCCAUAUAUACAAAUAAUGACAGAUAGUCUAGCUGGUUUGGAUCCUAUCCAUUAUCAUCCGGUAGCGAUCGGGCCUCAAUGGUACGUUGCAUAUAUUGCCAAGGCACCCAGAUUUAUUGAUACCGCAAAUGAUUUAUUGAAAAAAAGCCAUUUUACAGGCAGCAAAGUUAUGAACGAGGUGAGAAAAAGCUAUCCAUUGGCAAUGAAUGCCAGGACCGUCCCAUCCAAAUCAAGUAUAGAAAAAAAAGUGUAACGACUUUUUGAUAAAAGCAAAAAGCUUUCCCAAGAC